AUGCCUCGCAAGUUCACCAACCAGCGCGGUCCGCGCGACUCAGAAGGUUCGAAGAAAAAGCCCGCGCCGAAGCGACGGUCCGGCAAGAUCCUCAAUGCUCUUUCAAUCGCGGAGGCCGAGAACCCUACACGAGCCAAGAUCCGACGGAACCGCCUUGGUGAUGACGACGACUACUUCAAGCGCAAGCGGAACAACGAUCGCGACGAGGACGAUUCAGAUGGGCCGGGGAACAAGCGUCGCCGCACUGGCGAGGACGACGAUUCCGAGAUAGAUUCGAACGAGGGCAGCGAUGGUGAAGGGAACAAGUGGAAGAUCGGUGUCGACAGUGAUAACGACAGCGAGCUGGACAGUGAUGAGGCUAUGGGCGAGAGCGACGAGGAGAGGUUUGAGGGCUUCACUUUCCGCGGAAGUUCCACGUACAAGGACAAGCCGAAGGCGAAGGCUCAGAAGCCAAAGCGUGAGCGGGAGAUCAAUCUUUCGGAGGAUGAAGAAUCCGAUGGGGAUGAGGAUAUGGAUGAUGACGACGACGACAGCCUCGGAGAGGACGCCAUUGACUUGGUCGCUGCGUGGGAUAUGAACGCCGCCGAGGAAGAGACUCAGGCUAAGAAGGGUGCCAAAUCUAAGAAGCGCGACUAUAGCGACGAGUCCGAGGAGGAUGGUUCAGAAAGCGAGGACGAGGAUGAGUCCGAUGACGAACAAGACGGAUCCGAUCUGUCGAUGUCCGACGACGACGACAUUGGAGAUGAAGAUGGACUUACGAAACUACAAAGCUUCGUGGAUUCUAUGAGAGCAGAGACUGUCAAACCGGCAAAGAAAAAGAAGAGCGGCGAAGAACAUCUCAACCCGUCUGAAUUCGGAUUGUCAUCUACACGAAAGCUCACAGUCGCCGACCUCCUGCCCUCGGUCACUGAUUCCCGCCUCAAGAACUCCCUCAAACAUGUCGAUACCACUAUCCAAGAUCAGAAAACUUCGACUGGCAUCCCCGGCAAGCUGGACGCGCCUCUCGCCAAGCGUCAGCAGGACCGCCUCGAGCGAGAAGCCGCCUAUGAGAAGAGCAAAGAAACUCUCGGCCGCUGGAUCGAGACGGUCAAAGCCAACCGCCGGGCUGAACAUUUGACGUUCCCUCUACCCGACCCAGAUGCUCAAGUUGUGCACCGCAUGGGUAUUGUUAAACCGCAAACUGGUCUCGAGAACACAAUCCAAGAUAUCCUCGUGGAAAGUGGUCUUGCCGACAAACAAGGAAAAAGCGCCGAGGAUCAGGUACAGGAGUUUGAAGAACUGGAAGCACGCAAACUCCCUAUUGAAGAGAUUCGAGCUCGUCGCGCGGAGCUGCGCAAGCACCGCGACCUGAUGUUCCGAGAGGAAGUCCGCGCGAGGCGAGUCAAGAAGAUCAAGAGUAAAUCCUACCGCCGUGUUCACCGAAAGGAGCAGGAGCGCAUGGAGCAGAAGGAGCGUCAAGCUCUCAUUGAUGCCGGUAUAGAUGUUGAUGAGCAGGAUCGUGAGAAGAACGAACGGCUACGCGCCGAGGCACGAAUGGGCAACAAGCACAAGGAGAGCAAGUGGGCCAAGAGUUUGAAGCAGACUGGCCGAACGGCGUGGGAUGAAGAUGCCCGGCACGGUGCUGUUGAGCUGGCUCAGCGCGAGGAAGAACUCCGGCAGCGCAUUGAAGGGAAGCGUGUGAGCAGAGGCGAUGAUGACUAUCUUGGUUCGAGCUCCGAGUCCGAUUCUGAAGACGAGAACCCCUGGGACGAGCCAGACUCCGAUACCGAGAAGCGCAAGCUGUUGAAGAAACUCGGCAAACUCGAAGGUGACGAGCCCGCGGAGGAGGCCAAGGGUCCGUAUUCCAAGCUUCUGGGUCUGAAGUUCAUGCAAAAUGCGGACGCUGCCCGCAAGGCGCAAAACGACGCCGAGAUCCGCCGCCUGAACCGUGAGCUACACGGCGAGGAGUCCCAGUCAGAGGCUGAGUCGGAAGAGGGCCGCCGCAAGUUCGGUGUGACAGACAAGAAGGAUGACAAGGACAAGGGCAAGAAGCAAAUCAACCGGAACGAGUUCGAGGAAGCGCCAGGGUCAGACGAGGAGCCCGAGCCUGAAGCAGAGCCAGAGGCAAAGGCCACCGGCAAAGCCAAGACAACCACAAAAGCAAACGACAAGCCUCGCGCUCCACCGAAGACUGCGCCUGCUCCGCAACCCGAAUCCGACGCCGAGGAAGAGAAUCCCUGGCUCAUGCCGUCAUCAAACGACAAGCGCCGCUCAAAGACCGACGACGCCCAGCAAACCAUCGACAUCGCCCCCGAGACCAAGCCCGCGAAGUCCUCAAAGAAAUCCGCGGCGGCACCAGCUCCCAAAGCCAAAGCAGCAACCCGACACACCACGCAAGAAGACGAAGACUCCAGCGACGACGAAGCCAAGGUCCCCGUCCUGCUGAAGAACCACGACCUCGUGAAACGCGCCUUCGCCGGCGAUGAAGUCGUCCAAGAGUUCGAGCAGGAAAAACUCGACACGAUCGAGGACGAGGGCGACAAGGUCAUCGACGAGACACUCCCCGGCUGGGGAGCGUGGACAGGCGACGGCGUAAGCAGGAAGGAGAAGAAGCGGCAGAGGCGCGUCCUGACGAAGGUUGAGGGCGUGAAACCUGAGAACCGCAAGGACGCGAAGCUUUCUCGGGUUAUUAUUAACGAGAAGCGCGUUAAGAAGAACAACAAGUACCUCGCAACGCAGCUCCCUCAUCCGUUCGAGUCGAAGCAGCAGUACGAGCGCUCGCUGCGUAUCCCGAUUGGUCCCGAAUGGUCUACCAAGGAGACUUUCCAGUCUUCGACCAAGCCUCGUGUUAUGAUCAAGCAGGGCGUUAUCAAGCCCAUGGAGAAGCCGAUGGCUUAG